AUGGCUCCAGUCAGGCGGGCUCCGUAUAAGGACUUUCUCCAGCCUGCGCUGCACCGGCGCUUUACAAGCACCGCCUCUAUCCUCUUGGCCAUCGCCCUGGUCGAGAGUGUCGUCCUCGCCAGUUGGGAUUCCCUCUUCUGGGCGGUCUUUCCAAUUGGCCCAACCGGCAUUCGAGCCUUCUUCAUCUUCCUCUGCGGCCUGGCAAUCAUCGUCCUCCGAAUCGCACAAUACCAUGUCGGCUACCGCACCUCCAACUCCGGGCUACAGACUUUCCUGAAAUAUGCUGUCACCUCUCAGACCCUGGAGGCAGUCGUUUCCUACACACUGUCGUCAUGGCUUUUCAGCCAGAUAUACCUGUGGUCGGCGACGGAGGAUCUCGCAUGGGUGUCCGUCCAGCCGGGCGUGGGCGGUAGAGUACGUUUGAACGAGAAGCCCAUCUUCUUCACGGCGCAUUUCCUAGUGUUGGGAAUCAUACACGGCGCCCUUCAUAUCUCCCGCGACGAUGACCGGCUGCGCCUCCGCUCCGCGGGACUACGGGCCAACGAUGCAGCUGCUACCGACACCCCGCCGACCUGGUCCACGCGCCUCAUGAGCGAGGUUCCUCUCUUGGCGCACCGCGCUCUUGUGCAAACUCUGGCCGUCCUCGCCUUCAACAUUUUCUUCUACCACGCCUUCUUGCGGAGCUUGGCUUGGCGAAUCGCGUUGGCCUUCUUCCGUCCCUUCUACACUAUGCCGAAGACCAAUCUGGCUCCGGCCACUUACGGUGGCAUUAGUUUUCCUCUAUGGGUCAAGUGCUCGUGCGCCAGCUUCAUGUUGUUGUUCUUGUGGUUGGCGGGCAGUAGGAUGUUCUCAAUGUUUCUGGUCAGGCCACCACUGAAGAAUGGAAACCCACUCACGUCGGAGUCGAAGGACCCGAACGGGAGCUUGUUGAACGGGUUGAAGAGCAAGAAGCUCCCCAUCAAGUGUUUUGCGACAUGGGAACUAGCACUGAUUGCCAGGGAUUUCCAACCGCGGCGCAAGGCCAUCUACCAGGACAUUGACAGGAAAGACGGCCCGAUGUGGUCGCAAGUAUACGCGCUAUGUCUUCAAAUUGUCAAAGACGUGGAAACACGAAUCGAUGGGUACGGCAAAGCUCCUGCUGCAGACCCUCCGACACCCGUACCAGCGAACACGGAUACCAAGCCCGUGGUCGAAAAGCCAGCCAGCAGUGACCAAGUACUAGUCACUACACCCACCAAGAAGACCCUUCGAGGCGAGGUGGAGAAGAUUGUUAGGACUACAGCCGUGUCACCAGGCCAGCCUUCGCGGCUGAGCCCAUACGUGCAGAAGGGGGUCGCCCAAGCCAAAGGCUACGUUGAGGACAUCGCACGGCAGGCGACCGGCUCGGACGCCACCGACAACCCAUUCCAGUACUGGACCAGACAGAUACUGGGCUCGCCACUGGGUAGGCCGUUCAAGCAGAGCUUCUCGCGAAGAAUCACCACUGUGGUUCUAGGAGAACCCUUUGGGGAACCAGCACUCAUUAUCAACGCUAUAUCUGCUCUGACAAACCUGGCCGUGCUCAGCCUGGCAGAAGACAGCUUCGGGAAUGUCCAGCGGGAUGUCGCCGCCAUCAUCCGCACCUUCACGGCGGUCGCGACGAAGCUGGACGCGUUUAAGGCGAACUUUCCCCUGCACUGGACAGACCACGACGCGGAAAGGGAGUGCACUGAGGUAGAUGCGAUCCUGGAGACGCUCAAGGAGGCACUUGGGCAGCUUAUCACGUCCUUUGGCCCGUACGCGAGGGACCUCAGGCUGACGUUUGCGGAUAUGAGACAUGCGCGGGAGGUGGCUGGGCUGCCCGCCAGGGAGGGAGGGGCUAUUGCCAGAGUUGAUGCGGCGAGGCCGGAAAUGCGGCAGCUUCGAUGA